GUUCGAUCAUAGCCAGUUCGUGGCCCUAGUGGUAUCCAUUGGCGUCCAUCUCCGACUUGUUUCAACUUCAAUUACAACGAGCGGGAUAUUCCGUCGCGGUGCAUUUACUUCUGUUGUCCUUCCUGCCUGUCGGCGGGAUCAAGAGAGGAAUCGUGUCUCGUGAGAAAUGGCUUACAACUUUCCUGGGGUACCAGCAACCGCUAUGCCACCCAUGGGAAUGGGACCAAUAGGUCCACUUGGUCCAAUAGCAGGACCACAGAGCUUUAUGGAACUUGCAGGUCAAGGAUUCCCACCGCUGCCACCGCCCAUACCACUGCCUGGAAUGAAUGAUUCGCCUCUGGAGUUUAGCACAAAUAAAAAUCAGCCUCCAAUAGUACGAGAGACUUCGGACGAUAACAACGACAGGAGGAGUGACAAGAAUGACAAUAGAAGAGAUCGAGAAAAUAGGGAUAGUCGUGAGGCACGGGACAACAACAGGAGGUCGAGGAGCGAGCGCAAUGACAGACGCGACAGGGACCGCGAGAGAAGGGAGGAGAGGAACGAGCGGGACAGGAGGGACGAUCGAAGGAUCGAGGAAAGAAACAGCACGAACUCCGCCAAGAAUAACAACAAUCACUCAGGCAACUCGAACAACAACGAAGUCUUGUCGUCAACAAAUACGAAUAACGCACCGAGCAUAGGCACGCAGAUGGAACCUACCACCGGUGUCUGGGGGAUGGGAGUGGGCUAUCCCAUGAUGGGUAUGGGCCCUAUGGGGCCGAUGGCACCCAUGAUGAGCGAGAUGGCAUUGGGUCCGCACAUGAGCCACACGCAUGGUUACAGCCCAAUGGGUAUGGGCAUGAUGUCGCACGACGGAAGUAUGAUAGGUGCACAGAUACUGGGCGCCGAGCAGAUCAUGACGGAUGCGGCGCAGAUAAUGACGGCGAGCUUACCGCCACCGCCGACGACGCCGCAAGGCACCAAGGAGAUCAUACAUUGUAAGAGCUGCGUGUUGUUCCCGCCGAAUCCGAACGCGCCACCGCCCACCACGCGAGAAAGACCACCGGGAUGUAGGACGAUCUUCGUUGGAGGGCUGCCGGAGAAUAUCACCGAGGUCAUAAUACAGGAGAUAUUUGAGCGAUGUGGGGAGAUAACUACUUUGCGUCUUUCCAAGAAGAACUUUUGCCACAUACGCUUCGUCUUGGAGGGGAGCGUCGAUGCGGCAAUUUAUCUGUCCGGCUACAGAGUUAGAAUAGGAUCCAGUGGGGAACCAGCGAACACUGGUAGACUUCACGUGGACUUUGCUCAGGCUAGAGAUGAUCAGUAUGAAUGGGAGUGCAGACAACGACAGCUGCAGAGGGAACAGCGUCAUAGAGAAAGAGUCGAGAAGGAGAGACAGAGGCCACCGUCAAGCCCGCCUCCGAUAGUGCACUACACCGAUCACGAAGCAUCGAAUAUCUGCGAGAAAAUUAAACAAGACGACACAUUCAUGAAAGCAGUGCAAGUUGUUGUAACGUGGUUGGAGCGAGGAGACUGCACGAAACGUAACGCCAAUACGUUCUAUUCAAUGAUACAGUCAACGAACUCGCACGUGCGACGGCUCCUGACGGAGAAAGCUGUGUACGAGGAAGAACUCCAGAAGGCUAAGGAACUGAUGAAGGGAAGAAUGCAAGGACUACUCAUACAAUUCAGUCAGAUCGAACGAGUCUUUACUGCGGCCAGCCACAAGAAGGUCUGGGAUCACUUCACUAAGGCACAACGGAAGAACAUCGAGAUGUGGAAGAAGCAAUCCUCGGAAAUAAAAGCGGUGCAGCUGGAAGAUAGUCUGAUCGAGGGCGAGGGUGAGAUGGACGUGUCGGAUUCGGAGGAGGAACCGCAACGUAAGAAGACGCGCAAUCAGUCUGACGGCAACGACGAGACCGAGAGAUUACAAAGUCUUAAGGAAGAGAAUGACAGCUUGAGGUGCCAGCUUGAAGCGUACAAGAACGAAGUCGACCUCUUGAAGUCAGAAACGAAGGCUGAGCUGGAAGCGAAAGAGAAGCAAGUGAAAAUGUUGCAGCAAACGCUGAAGGGUAUGCAGGAGCAGCUGAUGCAGUCACGUAAGCAGCAAGCGCAGGAUGAUCAGAAGAUCAAGGAUUUGACUAUCAAGCUGAACGCCACGAAGAAGGAGGAACCUAGGGAGAGCGAGAUUAUCACACUUGACAAAGAUGACGAUAUAAGUGAGGAGCCGCGUACGCCGAAGCAGCACAUUCUCACUUCCAACUUUGUGCAAGUCACCCAGAAGGAUGCCAAACUCAUUGGACUUAUAGCAACGUUUCUACAUAUCCAUCCAUUCGGCGCGAGUGUGGAUUACCUGUGGUCCUAUCUGCAGAAAAUGGAGCCCGGCAUUAAGCCGAAUGAGGUGGAAGUUCUGAUGCAGCGCUUUCCACAGGUCUUCAAACAGGAAUUGUUCGGUAUCGGUGCGAAUAUGGAGAGGCGUUGGCAGUUUUCAGGUUUUAACGUCUAUCGAAAUCAUUAAACCCAAUCUAGUCGACUGUAUGUAUAAAUUGCGAAAGUAAAUUGUAAACUCUUUUCUUUCUUAGCGUUACCAUUCAUAAUGCGACUUACGAGUGCAAUCGAGUUUUAUCGGUAGAUAGUAAGAUGUCUAUCAGUCAUACGUGUAUGUAUAUCAUUGACGAAAUCCGAUAUCAUGUGAACUAAUAAAAUAUCUUUAUUAAUUUUGAGCAUAACAUAAUUCUCUGGAGGAUAUCGAUCCAGUACUUUGUGCUAAAAUUCACUAGUGUAAUUGAUAAACUUAGUGUAAAACUUACACAUUUCGUAUUCUGACGAUGGCAUUUUGUAUUAUAACGAUUUCAUUUGUUUGUUCAGUCUGCAAUGUACAUUGAACAAUGUUGUGAAACAUCAUUUUUCAUAAAUUGCGGACUCUACAAAAAUCAUCAUUAGGUUUGUACUUUGAAUUUUAUUCGUUCAAUGAGAGAGAGAGAGAGAGACAGAGAGAGUGUGUGUGUGUGUGUGUGUGUGUGUGUCAUUAAUUUGAGAAAUGUUUUGUGAGAAUAAAACAACUUGUUUCUUG